UCUGGGAAAGCGACGACAGUGACAGAGCGUGCCAGUGAUGAUGACAGUGCGUUCGAACUAAAUUCCGACGACAGCGUCAGUGAGUCUGCUUCAAGCGACUGUGAUUUAGACGGUCUCGCCCGCGAUGUGGAUGUUGAAAUUGAUUUGGAACACGAUGAUUCGGAUGAAUAUGAUGACGAUGGUGAAGCUCCUAAUGAAAAUGCAGUGCCGGUAAAGAAUUGUGAAUGGACCAAAAAAUUGACUGAGCUGCCCGAUGUUAGUUUUGUUUUUGAACACCUUGUUGGAGUAAAUAAAGAUCUCGAAGGUGUUGAACAUUUUGAAGCCGUCAAUUUAUUCCAACUUUUAUUUACUGACUAUAUUUUGCGAGAUAUUGUUGUAGAAACAAACAGGUACGCUAAACAAUGUCAAGAAGGCAGACAUAUUCAUAAAGAUUGGACAAAUAUUUCAGUGCCCGAAUUGAAAACGUGGCUAGGUCUAGUCAUCGCUACUGGUAUUGUGCAAAAAAAGGGUCGUAUUGCCAGUUAUUGGUCAAAACAUUGGCUUACCCAAACACCUGGUUUCAAUCAGACAAUGACCAGCAAAAGAUUCCUUCAAAUAUUGUCGUGUAUUCAUUUUGUAGACAAUUCAUCAACAACUGUAAAUAAGUCAGAUAAAUUCUGGAAGAUUAGAACACUAUUAGACUAUGUUGUGAAACGUUUUCAACUUGUGUACAAUCCCCAACGUGAAAUUGCAGUGGAUGAAACUAUGUUAAAGUUCAAAGGACGACUUGGAAUUAAACAAUACAUUAAGAAUAAGCCUAUAAAGUGGGGUAUAAAACUGUUUACUUUAGCAGAAUCAUCUAGUGGAUAUGUGCUAAACAUUAUACCCUAUGCUGGAAAAAGAGAGGACACACAAUUAUCUAAAACAGCUCAAAUCGUUGUUGACAUUUGUCAGCCUUUUCUCAACAAGGGUCACUACUUAUUUAUGGAUAAUUAUUAUACCAGUAUAGAACUUAUUGAAUAUCUAUCUCAAGUAAAAACCUUAUCCUGCGGCACUGUAAACAGCAACCGCAAACGACUUCCAUCUGAUAUGAAAAAAAGUGCAACUAAAAAACUAAAGAAAGGUGAAAGUUUGAAAAGAAUCUCAAACAAUGUUUUGGCUGUAAGCUGGAAAGACACGAGAGUUGUCAAUCUAUUAACAAAUAUCCCAGGUAGGCAUAUUUUUAAAAUA